AUAGAGCUCACCAGGCUAAUGUAGAAUCAGGUUUGGCUGUGCAGUGGGAGAGUUCAGCACAGGGACAAUGGCGGCUGCCCCUGUAGCCCUCACACUGAAGCCAAACAAUUCAGUUUUGGCCUUUAUGUUUGGCAUCCAUCAAGCUUGACUGGAGUUUUUAAAGAAACAUUUCAACGUGGGCCCAGGCUGAGUGCCAUCGAAAGAGCCUGGACCUUGGGCAAGUUGAUCAGUCACCUUGAAAUUUUCUGUUGAAGAGAUGUUUAACAUGUAUGGCAAAAAAUUAUAGAAAUAAACUAGAGGCCCCAUGCAUAAAUUCCUGUUAAGCUCUGUGCUAGACUUAUCUGUGAAAGAUCAGGUGAUAUUCUGAAAAUGGAUGCAUACCUAACAUUACGAAACUGGACUUUUGCUCUAGUUAUUGCAAAUCUGUCUUGGCUUUGGUUUCUGCAACUUGUAAAAUACGGGAGCUGGACUAUUGCAGGAACACUUUAACCAACCUAUGAUAAGGCAUCAACCACUGGUAAAAGCCUAGAGGUCACCACAUCACACUGUAUGAUUGGCUCCCAUAGGUGGUUGUAUACUGCCCUGAGAUAAUUUACAUAGUGGAAGGCAGAGUUAAAUAAUCCUUUCAUUCAGCCUGCUGUCCUGCCCUGGGACCCAGGAGAUUUUACUAGACCAAACCAGGAGGUAAGGGUUUCAAGAUGGUCCCUCUAAUGCUGCUUUAGAGAGCCAGCCUGGACUGGAAACACCAUUUUCAGCUGCUCCUCAGGGAAAAGGUUAAACGGAAAGCUCCUCGCUAAACAUGAACUCCAAACAUCAAGAGCAAACAAUUUUGGAUGUUGGGGAAUGGGAGCAGAAGUUUCAAGAACUGAUGCAGGAGGUGAAACCCCGGCACAGAUGGACCCUGAAGUUUGAUGAGACUCUUAAGCCAGACUGUGUGGCCCAAGGCCGGAAGCAAUACCAGCAGAAAGCAUUUGGCAGGUUCCAGUGUUCUUCGUGCCGGCGACGUUGGGCUUCUGCCAAGGUGCAGGUCCUGUGUCAUAUGUACCUGGAGCCCCGACAGUCCCAGGGCCAUGUGCUUAUGCGGCUCUUUGCUCAGAGGUGCCAGAAGUGUUACGGGGCUCAAUUUGAGAAGCCUGAGUUCUCCAUCGAUAGUGCCAUGAGGAUUUUGAACAAUCUGGUGUACCGCAUUCGGGAGAGAUGCUAUGGAAAUGGCAUCAGGAAGUUCUCAGAGAUACCAGUGAUCCCGGAAUUGCCUUUGGAAGGGUCCCAUGACAUGGCCAAUUGUGAGGCUUGCGCUCUGGGCUGCUGUGUACUGAGCUCACAAGACUGCAUGACAAAACCAUCCAACUCCUCUUUCUCCUACAUGGAGAUUGGGAGCUUUGAUGACAUAUUCAGCCAAGCCCAAGCCAUGAACCAGUCAGCUAAGGCAAAGGAGGCUCAAAGGAGUGGGGAUUCCUAUGAGCAUAAGAGGUCAGGGCCCAGCCAUGCCACUGCUGGAACCCAAGUGCUUGGGGCAAGCUCUCAGCCCAAACGGGAGACAAGCCGACAACCGACACCAGGGUCAGACCAGCAGGCUGCACGUAGAACAGGGUCACAGCCCAUCCAGGUAUCAGGGUCACUUCCCUCAGGGUGGACAACCCUACAGCCCACAGGAGCAGCAGGCUCAUUAUCUUCACAGGGGGCAAAUUCACAGUCUGCCCUGGGGACAGGACCACAGACCCCCCAGAAGACAUAUUCUCAGGCUGUAAGGCAGGUCAGCCAACAGUCUAAACAGGAGACAGUUUCACAGGCCACACAAGGGCCAGGUCUUCAGGCCACAAAGAAAAUAGACGUACAGCCCACACAGAGGGUAACCCCCACAGCUACACAUGGAUCUGGGACCUUCAAUGGAACUCAAGGUGUCUAUAGAAGGCAGGAGAGUUAUUCACCCAGAGGGUCUGCUCCAGACAGCUUUUACAGAUCCUCUACCAAAACACCACCAAAUGACUCCUUUGGCAUAAAUAACUUAUUCAAGUGGGGCUGUGACCGUGUUGCUGAUCUGUGGAACUUUGUUGCAUCUAAAUACUUUUAAAUAGAAUGAUAAAAAUAGGCUAGUUUUCUCCUCUUGUUUUAAUUUCAUGGUAAUCAAUGAACUAGCUGUCAUUUUAAUGUAACAAAGAAUUUGCUUUGAUACCAGGCAAAGUCAAGUUUGUAGACUAAGCACUGGUUUCCUGUACUUCCUUUGCAGAUAGUAUAAAACAUGACCUAGCAGAUAAUAAUUCUAAUAAUAAAUAUUUGUUAAAUGACUAAAAGGUGUUCAUUUACUCACU